CUAAAGUAGAUUUGUUCGUUCGUGUGUAAAAAGUAAACAAUACAGAAUGGGUACUAGUGAAGAAAUUCAAAAAGCUGGAAAAGCUCCAGGUCUACAGAUAUGGAGAAUCGAAAAAUUUGAAAUGGUUCCCGUGCCUGCUAAGGAUUACGGUUACUUUUUCAAAGGAGACUCCUACAUUGUCUUGAGUACCAAAGAGUUGAAAUCGGGGAAGUUCGAAUGGCAUAUUCAUUAUUGGCAAGGCGUCGAUAGUACGCAAGACGAAACUGGUUCAGUCGCUAUAUUGGCUGUAAAGGUUGAUGAUCACCUUGGCGGAGGCCCUGUACAGCAUAGAGAAGUGCAAGGUUACGAAUCAGCAAUGUUCUCUGGAUAUUUCCGUCCAGCUAUUCAUUACAGGGAAGGUGGUGUUGAAACUGGUUUCACUCAUGCUGAGACGAAUAAGGUAGAGGACGUGAAUAUGCUGCUUAGAGUGAAAGGCAAGAGACCUGUCAGAACUGAGGAGGUCCCAAUGAAGUGGAAGAGUCUCACCGAGGGCGAUUCCUACAUAUUCGACCAGGGAGAGGAAAUCUACAUUUGGUCUGGACCUGCCAGUAACCCAUUCGAAAGAAACAAGGCAAUUAACGUGGCAAAUGCAAUCAAAGAUGAAAGACAAGGACGUGCAAAUGUUUACAAGCUUGAAAGCAACGAAAUUUCAAAACUCAAGAAAUUCUUUGAUGAACCAUAUCCAGGCAGCAUUGCUGCUAGUACUUCGGAUGAAGAAGUGAACACCGAUGACAGUGUGAAACUUUUCCAAAUUUCCGACGACAGUGGAAAGAUUGCAAUCACUUUAGUUUCCGACCAACCCCCAUUCUUGCAAAGUCAGUUGGAUGGAGGAGACACUUACGUUGUAACCAAUGCACGUACUAAUCAUGUGUAUGUAUGGAAAGGCAAGGGUUCUUCUGCAAAAGAAAGAAUGUCAGCUGGUACCCUUGGUAAAGAUUUCUUGAAAAAAGUUGGAAUGUCUGAUAGAGCAGGUCUGACAACUAUGGCCCAAUAUGGAGAAACUUCUGCUUUCAAGAAUAUGUUCAAGGACUGGAAGAAUUCGAACGACCAGCAAGGUCUUGGUAAAACUUGGUCAAUCAACAAGAUUGCUAAAGUUGAGAAGGAGAAUUUUGAUGCGAGCACUCUGCACAAUAAUCCUGCAAUAGCCGCUGAAACUCAGUUGGUUGAUGACGGUAGUGGUCAAUGCACGAUCUGGCGUGUAGAAGGAUUCAGAAGAGCACUUGUAGAUUCGAAAACUCAUGGACAAUUUUACGGAGGUGAUUGCUACAUCGUUAAGUACACUCCUCGCACUAGUAGAAAUCAUAUUCUGUACUACUGGCGUGGAAACAAAGCAACCAGAGAUGAAGUCACCGCACUUCCUCGUCUCACUAUACAGACUCACGAAAAAGAAUGCAACAAUAAUGCUACCCAGGUGAGGGUAGUUCAAGGAAAAGAGCCAGAUCAUAUGAUGAUGAUGUUUGGUGGAAAUCCACUCAUCGUGCAUGCUGGUGGCACCUCGAGAGCUGGCGGCCAGACUAAACCUGCUGACACGAGAUUAUUUCAUAUCAAGUCGUUCUAUGGUGGAUUUUGCCGUGCAGUAGAGGUUGCUUCUGAAGCUUCGUCACUUAACUCUAACGAUGCUUUCUUGUUAAUCACACCUGGUGCAUCUUACGUUUGGGUUGGAAGCGGAGCUGUCGACAAAGAGGUGAAAGGAUGCAUGGACACCGCUCGUAUAUUGAAAGUUCCUACUCCCCAGAAAUUUGAAGAAGGGUCGGAACCAGGAGACUUUUGGCAAAAACUUGGAGGCCAAGGCGAAUAUGCCAAAGAUUGUAGAGAGGAGGAUGACCGAAGAGAACCAGUUCUCUUCGAAUGUUCCAACGCUACUGGAAACUUCAAAGUGGAAGUAUGUGCAAGUCCCUGGAUACAGGAUGAUCUUAAUCCUGACAAUGUUAUGAUGUUGGAUGCGUGGACUAUGGUGUACAUUUGGAUAGGUGUGACUUCGAACGAGGAAGAACGAAUUGGGGCUUUGAAAUCGGUUACGCAAUACCUAAAAACCGAUCCGAGUGAUCGUGAUGAAACUACUCCGGUUGCACAAGUACAACAGGGCAAUGAACCUUUGACAUUUAAGGGAUUUUUCCAGGGUUGGGACGACGGCAAAUGGUCAAACUAGAUGGUGGACAUCUCAAGUCAUACAACAUUUUAUGAUUGAAGCGACUAUUUUGUACAAAGCAAACGCUUUUAUGAAACACCCACGUAUAAUGAUAUCUUCAAUACUACCGAAUUUGUGACUAUAUUUUGGGCAAUUUAGUUUUUAGUGUACAAGUUAUUUUUAGUAAAGCUAUGCAGUUUUACUAGCCAUAUAAUGACUUAUUAAUUCUGUUGUGAAAUACCACCUUCACCAUUGUAAAUUGUUUGUAAUGGUCUAUGCUAAUAUGCCAUAACAUAAACAGCAUACCACAUAAUAUUAUAACACGUUAGAUCGUAUUUUGUAGUCUACUUUUGUCCAUUUUUGAUGAUAGAUAAUGACGUUUUAGGUUUUCUUGUUAAGAUUUGCGAAUCCAUACUGAUUAUACCUUCUGUCGUAUUAUUUUUCUUUUACCUUUAUACCUAUGUACCUAUAUACGUACAUGCGUUGAUGAUAUUUUUCCAAUUCACUAUAACUAUCCUUUAAACUGGGUUUUGGCACCAAAAAUAUAUUUCAAAUUUGA